AUGAUCGAAGUAUCUCAUAAGAGUUUGCAAUUCCAAUAAGGUCUAUUUAACCAAUUGAGGUUCAAGAUUAGAAAUGUAAGUGAUGUGCCCAUAACAUUCAGAAUCAGAUGCAACAACAACACAAAUUACAAAUUAGACCAUUACACGGGACUCAUUCAAAGUAGAUAAGAUUUCGAGAAUUGCAUUCAAAAUAUCGUAGCUGCUGAUAUCAAAUUGUUUGGCGAUUAAUUGGAAAUUCAAUAUGCAGAGUUGGCAGAUCCUUAGGAAGAUUUGAAGGAAUUUUGGAAAUCUAGAAAAAGUUUGGAUCACGUCAUCAUUGCCAUCGAAGUCUUGGAUGUGUAGUAAUAGUAGAAGGAGACUCUGUUGGCUGAAUUAUAGGCAAAGUCACAAUCCUUACAAAAAGAAUUAUAAACUAUCAAAUAAUAAUAUGCUUAGGCAUAGAAAUCUGCUGUUGAUAUCAAUUACUUUAAUUAGUUCUAAGAGGGAUUUACUGUAGGCUAAUUGAUGCUUGUCAUCGUAAUAGGCCUGUUUUUCGGUGGUAUUUUUAGAUGA